AUGAUAGAUUUAAAGCUGGAAACUAAUAAAAUUCGUAUUGAAGACACUAUAGCUGCAGAAGUUGAUAAGAAACUGAAGGCAAUGAAUAUAGGCACACACCCGGUAGCACAGAUCCAACCGGUCCCUGUUGUAUGCUGUGAGAUUUGCAGUGGUCCUCACCAAACAUGUUAUUGUUUUGCGUCUCCUCAACAGGUGGAAGAAAUCAAAUUCUUGAAGCAAAAUAAUCCUUACUCUAACACAUACAACCCGGGAUGGAAAAAUCAUCCCAAUUUCUCAUGGAAAGAUAAAAAAGGAACCACCCCUCAACAUGGUCAAUACCAAACUCGAUAUCAACAACAACAACAGCAACAAGCCCCUAAGAAAGUUGAUUGGGAAAUUGCUAUUGAGAGAAUGGUUGCCCACGAUGUCCAAUUUCAAGAAGAAACCCGAAACAAUCAAAAAAUUACCACGACAUCUAUAAAGAAUCUCAAAAUUGAAAUGGUGAAAAUCGCUCAACAACUAGCUUCAAGUUCUCAAGCACAAGGUUCUCUACCUAGUGCAACCGUGACAAAUCCUAGAGAGCAUAAUAAUGUGAGUGUUGUGACAACCCGAAGGGGUAAAUCUGAGGAAGUUGUUGAGGAAGUUGAUGAAGAGAGAGACCAAUUGAUCGAAGUGGACCUUGAGAUCAAAGAAAAUGAAGUGGUUAGAGAAGAAGUAGCAGCACCGAAACCAGUGGUGAACGAAACAGGCAUUGAGCCCAAACCGGUUGUUAAACUCCCAUUCACCACUCGGAACAAGAAAAAAGGGCAACAUGAGAAAAAUUCUGAAAAGUUCUUAGAGUUAUUCAAGAAGCUGGAGAUUAAUAUUCUGUUGUUGGAGGAACUUGAACAAAUGCCUACAUAUGUAAAGUUCAUGAAGGAUAUCAUUUCUAAGAGGCGUACCGCCGACACUAACCCAGUUAUCCUCAUUGAAACUUGUAGUGCUAUUUUCCAGGGUAUGAAGAUUCCUAUCAAAAAGAAGGACCGUAGAGCUGUCACUAUCCCAUGCACUAUUGGAUAUAGGUCAUUCAACAAAGCUCUGAUUGAUCUGGGAGCUAGUGUGAGUCUCAUGCCGUUAUCUAUCUACAAAAAGCUGGCUAUAGGGGAUAUGCAAGAUACCAGAAUGACACUCCAAUUUGCCAAUCAUUUAGUCAAGAAACCGUAUGGCAUUGUUGAAGACGUUCUGGUAAAAAUUGAUAAGUUUGUUUUUCCGGUGGAUUUUGUAAUUCUCGAAAUGCCGGAAGAUGAAGAGAUCCCUCUCAUUCUUGGGAGACCCUUUCUGGAGAUGGGUCGGUGCUUAAUAAACAUAUAA